AUGAUGCUGCAGACAGCACAAGGUGAACCAACAGCAGCAGCAGCUGCUGCUGCUGCUGCUGCUGCUGUUGCCCCUGUUACUGCUGCUGCUGCUGCUGCUGAGGAGGCAGCCACACAGGAGAGACAACUUACUACCCUGCAGCAGCCAUUCUUUAAUGAUGUGCUGCCCCAGCUGGCGCAGCAGCUCGUUGCUGCUGCUCGUGCAGCAGGCAUUGCCCUCUCUCUUGCGCAUGCAGCUUAUUUGCUGCUGACUAUACCUCCUGCAGCAGCAACAGUAGCAACAGCAGCAGCAGGAGAGAAGGUAAGCGAGGACGUAGCAGCAGCAGCCGCAGCGCGUGCCCCUCUGGAUUCUGCAGCAGCAGCAGCAGCAGAUGCAGCAGCAGCAGCAGAAGGAGUGCAGGAGCUAGUAGAGCAAGCACUGGACUCCGUGCUGCCCAUCACCCGCCUCCCUUGCAUCUAUUCGCUGCCGCUGCAGCUAAGGAAGCAGCACCUUAAGGAGCUUAGCUGUAUUGUUCUUGCUGCUCUGCUGCUGCAGCAGCGCAAAGCAAUAGCAGUAGCUAAUGCUGCUGCAGCAGCUGCAGCAGCAGCAGCUGCUGGCACAUCAAAGACUUCAGGAGAGCAGACAGUAAAAUCACCACCACCAGCAGCUGCUGCUGCACCGGCAGCAGCAGCAGCAGCAACAGCAACAGCAGCAAAGUCAGCAACGCGCAAGCCACCAAAACCAACGAAAGCAGAAGCAGCAGCAGCAGCAAAGAAAUUAGAGGCAGCACAGAGAGCAGCAGCAGCAGCAGAGAAGUUUGAUUGGCUUGUGCCGCCGGAACAGCUUGCUGCUGUUCUUGCUGCUGAGCAGCAGCAGCUGCUGCUGCAGCAAGCGCUGCAGGGACAGGACGCGCUGCAGCGGAUUCGCAAUAUCUUUAGUAUUAGCGAAGCACAAAGAGAAGCCAUCGGAGUUGACGACAACCUUGCUGCAGUCAUUGCAACAGAGAGUGUCUUUCGAGUGCAGCAGAUCCGCUUUGUGCAGGCGUUGCUGGUGCAGCAGCAGCAGCGGCACGGCUCAGCAGCAGCAGCAGCAGCAGUAUGUGUAGAGGAACUUUCUGCAGCAGAGAGCUGCCUGCAGCAGCACAAAGGGGAAGCACCACCAGAGAUAGUGUAUAGACACCUUGCUGCUGCAGGUGCUGCUUACCUUGGAGUGUAUAAGGAGCAGCAGGCUCUGCUGCAGCUUGCUGCUCUGCGGCAGCUGCUGCAGCAGCAUGCAGAAAAUCUUAACUCACCAGACACCACAAAGCUUGAUGCUGCUGCUCUCCGUCUGCGGAGGCGAACAAAGCCGCAGCAGCAAGACGAGCCUAUUAGCAGCAGCAGCAGCAGCAGGAGCAGCAAGCUGAGUAUACUAGCAGAAGCAGAUCUUGAUCAGCAGCAACCAGCAGAACUGGGGGGACCGGAUCUAAAGGCUCUGUUGGUGUGGGCAUAUCACCAAGAGCUGCAGGAGCUGCAGCGUCGCCUACCGCAGCAGCAGCAGCAGCAGCAGCAGGAGCAGCAGCAGGAGGGAUCAGAAGCUUGCUGCGAUUGGGAGCUUCGUCCCGAGUUGUAUGUACGUCUGAGUAAAGGGAAGUCAGCAGAUGCAGCAGCAGACACAGAAGAUCUGCUGCAGCAGACAGCAGCAAGCAGCAGCAGCUACAGCUACAACGAAUGGGAGCUAAGGAGACAGGCACUGCAGCAAGUUAGGCAUUGCCGCUGCAGCACGAAGGGGACACAGACAAUCUUGUCUUCCUUUCGUACAGAAGCAGAGACACAAUGUGCUACUACUGCAGCAGCAGCAACAAAUACUCCUGCUACUGCUGCUGCUGCUGCUGGCCAGCGCAGCAGCAGGGCAUUCUCUGGUCUACGUGGUGUCUCUGCACAAGCUAAUAAACCUCUUAAGGAGGUCAUCCUUAACUUCAACUUCUAA